AGCGUACCUUCUUUCCUGCCGGCUGUUGCUGUGUUCAGGAACCGUACGCCAUGCCUAAGUAUCACCUCAUCUACUUCGACGCCCGAGGAAGGGGUGAACUAACACGCUGGCUCCUGGAAUACAGCGGGACGCCUUACACGGAGGAGAGAAUUGCGUUUGCAGACUGGGCCGCGAGGAAGCAGAGCAUCCCGACGGGCAAGGUGCCGAUCCUGAUGGUGGACGGGCGCCCGCUCGCCCAGUCCCUCGCCAUCGCCCGCUACUUGGCCAAGGAGGUCGGCCUCGUACCCAAGGACAACCUCCAAGCCGCCUUUGCUGACGCCCUGGCCGACACCAUGGCCGAAAUGAUGGCCGCUUUUUAUAAGAACAAGAUGUCGUCACUGUCAGAGGACGAAAAGGAGAGAAAGUUCAGCGAAGAAAUAACUCCAAACAUUAUCCGCCCUCUCCUGGGGGAUCUGAACGAGCACUUGGCAGGCAGGUCGUGGUACUCCUGCGAAGAGAUAUCGUGGGUGGACCUGAUGAUAGCUGUCGAGUUCGGAGGCCUCAGGAAGUCCUACCCAAAACUCCUGGAUGACUUCCCUAAGGUCGCAGGUCACGUGGACAAGGUCAUGGCCCUCCCGAACAUCAAGGCGUGGGUCAAAAAGCGCCCGGACACAUUUUUAUAAGAGAAAAGGGCGUCUCUUUGGGACAAUCAGCUGGUACGAAAAUGGAUAAAGAAAUCUGGUGUGUGGUUUUCGAUAUGAUUUCGAUUAAAUUCUUCUAUGAACGUAAUCAACAUGACUGGCAAGUUUUAUAAGAUUAAUGGUUUUUGUUUCGGGUUGGUUAGCAAUUAUGUGAACCUUUUUAGUAUAAGGUAAUAGCCCGCUAAAUAAAAAAAACAGCUUUAAUCUACUCAUCAAUAAUUAUAUCGCAUUUAUGUAUUAAUAAAUAAUCAUGAUGAUGUGCAAUACUGGUUGCGAAAAAAAAUCGUAUUACCAGCCGAAAGGGCUAAAGAAAACGGAAUUCUAGUGGGAGACUAUUAUGCGAAAUAAAGUAUUUCAUAAAAGA